AAUUUGCUUGCCUGCGUCCGAGAGGAGAAAACGAGAGGGGGUUGGUAAAGUCCAGUGUGGUGGGUAAAAUGCUCCAGUUCCCUCCGUUCAUGCGGCAGUUCCCUUCGCCGCCUCUCAUCCCUUCAUCCACACUGCUUCCAUUGCUGGCAUCCUCUCACAAUGAUGAGCUGCUACUCGCCAUGGAGGAAUCUGAGCUCGAAGAUCGGUGGAAUGAAAUCAGAAAGGCAAACAGCAACCUGCCUGUGAUUGGGAAGGUAGUUCAUGACUACAAAGAAGAUAUAGAUGCUGAUGCUGAAGAUGACGAUGCCGACAAUCUGGAAGAAUCUGAUGGUGAUGAAUUCGAGCAAGAAACAGGUUAAGUUUUGCAAAUAACUUUGGAAUUUGAGAAGCUAAGGUUGGUAGAAGUUUUCUGGCCUUAGUUUCCUUCUGAAGUUAACUUCAUAAUGUUUUCUUAAUCUUAGUUUGUUGGCAUCAGGUUUUCUGCUUGUUAAUCCUAUGAACCAUUAUUUGUGCUUCAUGAACUCGAAACGUUCCUUAUGCUUCACCUUUCAUUGUGUUAAAAAGUGUUUUCAUCUUAGCUUUCUUUUAAAGUUUUAUUCACCCUCAUGUUUGCGUGCUGC